UCUAAGAAACAUACGAUACAAAGUUACAUUGUCAUUUCAAUAUAGAUUUAAUUAAUUUUCUUAUACAGACAAUGCAAUGGAAAAUAUCGUUAGACGUGGUCGACACAUUCAUUGAAAAAGAACGAAGGAUUCGUUGCAAAAUCACAUUGCAUCGUUUAAAUAUCAUAGUACCACGCGUUCUCCUUCGUAUUUUUCUCUCCUUUCCAGCUGGUCCGUUUAUUUCUUCUUUAUUCUACUUCCAAUUAUCGUGUACUUAAUUAACCGAAUGGUAAUUCGUUCAAACGAUCUCUAAAUUGAGUAGACUUUAUUACACCAGAAGAGAAACGUAGAAAGGCACAGUAAGAUUCUAACGUUUUGUCGUAAACUUUGGCAUUUUACGUAAAGAGUCAAUGAAUGUUUUGCGUUUAGAUUAGAUAAGACAGCAUGUUUAGUUUUACAUUUCUAAUCAGUCGCAAUUAUAAUUGUCGUGUAACGAAAGGGCCCAACAAUAUCUGAUCAGAUUUACAUGACACGUACUCAUCAGAAAUCAGUUAGUGUCUGCCGACCACGAUUCGUGUCACCUGCUACGCUCGUUCCACUAAUUCAGUUUUAAAGUCGAAUUUUUCUAGGUACGUAUCGCACCAAACAGAUUACUAACAGUUACUUUUUAUCAUCAAUAGAUUAUGGAUGUGCGUGGAAAUCGAUAUUUCUGGAGCAUAUUUUUCACUUACUAAAUAUUUUAUUUUGAAUAAUACUUAACGUAGUUUUGUAUAUAUUAAGUUCAUUUUAUGCAUCUUUUAAAUGCACAAACAUCUGCAAUCCAGUCUACGGCUACCACUGUAGUAUCAACUUUCUGCAAUUACAAAAAGGUAAUGGCGCAGUAUACAACAAGAAUAUUGUUCGUUCUCAUAUUGGUGAUAAUUAACGAGACAUCAUUUGCCAGAAUUUGCAAUUCAUCCGGGGAACAUUGGCAAUCCCGGAUUGGUUUACUAGUUUCGCCGAUAAUUUCGAGAUCAAAGAUUCGAGAGAUAGAGAUUUACUGGAAUAACGUUAAUAUCGAGCCCGGAGACAAAAUCUCGCUAUUCGAGGAAAGCUCUUCGGGAGAUCAACGUGAAAUUUACACCGUUGUUCCGAAUAGUUUCAGUGGUGUCGAGAAAACCGGAGUACUAGCUGAGUUCAUACCUAGCUCGAACCUUUCUUUCGCGAAAAGGUGUACAAAGUACAGUGUAAGAUGGUGGGCAGAUAAAGAAAUAAAAGAUACAAAGUGUCUGGGAACUCAGCCGACAUGGAUGAAAGAAAGGAAAGAUAUUCUGGGCCCUUUAAAAAUGAAACAGAUAUUUCUGCCUGGAACUCACGAUUCCGCGUCGUACAAUGAGAAUGACGACGGAGCAAGCAUCGUUUCAGACUUUGCUGUGACUCAGGAUUUAGAUAUCCUCGGGCAAUUAAUACACGGUGUACGGUACUUAGACAUCAGAGUGGGACGUUAUCGCGAGACCAACGAGAUUUGGUGGACCAAUCAUGGACCAUUAUAUCGAUCAGUCUCGUUAAAAACUGUUAUAGACCAAGUGAAAAAGUUCCUCGACAAUACCGAAGAAAUCGUGAUAAUAGAUAUCCGUGAAUUUCCUAUUGGUUUCAAUAACAUAUCAGAUCACCAUGCAUUGGCCACGUAUCUGGAGGAUGAAUUUCGGGAUUAUUAUUUGCCCAAUAAUUAUGGAUGGGAUACCACGUUGAACGAGAUCUGGUCUUCUGGAAAACGAUUGAUAAUCGGUUAUGAAAACAUGAGAAUCGUGAACAGUCACUCUAGCAUGUGGCCUUAUGUGUUGCACCAAUGGGGGAACGUUCAAAGCACCGAGCAAUUGUUCCGAUAUUUGGAUAAAAUUGAGACCAGUGAUAGGGAUAGCGCAACAAGACCUCGAUCGGCUAUGGCAGAGAUGACCGCGGAUCUUACGUAUAUUCUUUUGAAUGGAUUGACGAGUCUACGAGAUAUGGCGCACAAAGUUAAUUUAAAUGUAACUAAUUGGUAUAGCACCGUUUGGCAAUACUCUGCCAAUAUCGUAGCAGUGGAUUUUUUAAGAAGCACAGAUAUUGUCGACAUUGCCAUUGAGUCUAAUGAAAAUCGUCAUUUACAUUGUAGAUAUUAGCCAUUCUUUGUAUAAGUCUAAUUCAAUCGUUAAUCCUAGCUUGUACAAUACGUUACUAUUUGGAAAGUAUCAUGCAGGAUUAUACAAAAUUUGUCUUUAAUACGUUCGCUAUUAUAGUGGAUUGGAGUACAAAAUGUCCAUCAUCGAUCGUGUUUUAUUUCCCGUAUUUUUCUAUGAUAUUUAAUAAUAUUUUUCUUAUAAAUAAUAACUCUGAGAUUUAUUUUUGUUUUAAUCGGGCACGUCGGUUAUACGAAUUUUAUUUAUCUGGCAACUUGUAAUUAAAUGUAAAUUAAUUUUAAGCGUCGCACGUGUACGUGCUGGUAACGAACAUAUUAAAUUCAUUCCAAUUAAGCAAUACUCAUCCAGAAUAUAAACAUAUUUGUAAAUGUUAUCCGAGUAAUAAAAUAUACUUUCGAAUAA